GACUGCACCAUAAGUAUCGAGACUUGGUAUACAUAUUGCUUCACGCGUCUGGACCGGAAAUUUAACCCGACAACAGCGCCCAUCUAGCGUCAUUGCUCUGGACUAAAUUCUCAAUAAAUAUAAAUAAAGGACUGGCUCUUUAUCCUUGCUUCCCUCAGAAUGUCGGCCCUGUCUCAAUCCCCCACAUUGGGCCUCAUAGCUAGAGCUCUCUCGAUACUCCCCAUCGCCUUCGGAAUCAACGCCUUUUUGCGCCCGGCUCACGCACUCUCAUUCUUCCAUUUCGAUCCCCCAGCCUCCGAGGCCGACCGCAAAAUGGUGGACAGCUUGAUGGCAGUAUAUGGAGCAAGAGAUAUAUUCAUGGGCCUGGCUCUCUUCUCGGCAGCCUCUCUGGGAUCGCGUAAAACGUUGGGCUGCACUCUCAUUUCCACCAGUGCGGUCGCCAUGGUGGAUGGGUUGGUAUGCUACUCCCAUGGAAACAGUCCAUGGGACCACUGGGGAUAUGCGCCGGUCCUUACAGCUCUAGGAAUCGUUUUCUUGGGUGUUUUUGACCGCACGUAAGGAUUCAUCUUCCGUGUCGACUAGCAUGGGUUUAAUGUUAUUGGGAAAACACGUCAUCUGUUUUAUGGAAAGCACGCAUUUCUCUCCCACGUCCAGCCUCUAUGUGUGUGUGAUCAAGGCCCUAUAAAACCUAAGGCUUUGAAACCCUGUCACUUGGGCCUGUGAAUACUUUCUUUGUCUUAGGGCGACUUUUGAGCCUCUGCUAGCAUUAAAAUUCUUGUUGCAACAUGAUGCAAGUGUAUAUAUAUUCCGAGCUACUUACGAGUGAAUGAGCCAGCACAAUAAUAUCCUUAUCUCAAGG